GAGGGCGGGCCACCUGUGACGGCGCGCGAGCGGAGAGGAGCCGCGCAGAGUGCCGGGUGUCAUUUCAGCGGUUGUUUGCGUGUUUGAGAGAUUGUGUGUGUGUGUUUAUGUGUGUGUGUGGGCGUUUAAAGUCCAGUUGGAUUACCCUGAGCACAAGGAAACGUACAUGUCCUUUCUCUUCGCGGAAUUUGUACGUAGUUCAGCUCUCAAGCCAGCCGUUGUCAUGGUGUCAACCCUGAGGCACUGCUGGGACUUUCUGUUUCUUCAGUCCUCUCUACGGCACAGUGAAAGAGGCUGCCUGCUUGCCUGCCAGUGUUUGUCUGAGCGCGUGGGUGAGUUUGUGUGUGUGUGUGUGUGUGUAGGGGUGAAUAUGUUUGUGUGAGUGCCUUUGCAUUUGUAUACACCCUGGUCGAAGACUGUUUGUCCCAUGAGACGCUCGGCAGAUAUGCAGGGAGCUCGAUCCCCUGCACUGCAGUUCCUGCUGCUGAGCUGUUGUGUGUGUGCGGCGGCCAGCUACCCAUUCAAAACGCCCCUGGACCUGGAUGUGACACCGCGCGUCACCGUGUUGAGCAGCGGUCUCCAAGGCUGCAGACGUUUCCAGUCCUCUGCAGUCAACUACAGCACCAUCCUGCUCGAGGCUGACAGUGAGCGUCUCUAUGUCGGGGCCCGGGGGGCUGUAUUCGCGCUCAAUGCCUCUGACAUCUCAGCCAUCUCUGCUCCCACUAUUGAGUGGGAGGCCUCCCCUGAACAAAAACGCCAGUGUUUGCUCAAGGGAAAAGACAACAAGACCGAGUGUUUUAAUCACAUCCGCUUCCUCCAGAGGUUCAACUCGACUCAUCUCUACAUGUGUGGGACUCAUGCCUUCAGACCACUCUGUGCAUACAUAGAUGAAAAGAGGUUUGUGAUAUCAUCUCAGCCUGAGGAGGGCAGAGACAAAUGUCCCUAUGGCCCAACAACAGGCUACACCGCCCUCAUCAUAGACCAGCAGAUGUAUACAGCUUCCCAGUAUGAGUUUAGGAGCUUUCCAGAUAUCCGCCGCAACUCUCCUUCUCCCACACUGAAGACAGAAGAUGCCCCCACACGCUGGCUGAAUGAGGCAGACUUUGUGGGCUCCACACUUGUGAGGGAGAGUUUGGGCAGCAGCACCGGCGAUGAUGAUAAGAUCUACUUCUUCUUCACCGAGAGGAGCCAGGAGCAGACGACAACCUACAGUCACAGCAGGGUGGCACGAGUGGCUAGGGUUUGUAAGGGGGACCGGGGAGGCCGUUUAACUCUCCAGAAACGGUGGACGUCCUUCCUCAAGGCCAGGCUGAUGUGUUCUCUGCCCGAGUACGACUUCCACUUUAACAUGCUGCGCAGCGUGUUCGUCAUGCCUGGCCACACGCCACAGGACACACUCUUCUACGGCAUCUUUGGCCUGGAGUGGAAAAACGUGAAGGCGUCUGCUGUGUGUCGGUUUUCUCUUUCUGAAGUCCAAGAGGCCUUCCAAGGACCCUACAUGGAGAACCAGGACUCUGGCUCUAAGUGGAAAGAAUACACUGGGAGGAUCCCUGACCCACGACCUGGAACGUGUAUUACCGACGUGCUGAGGGCCAGGGGCAUAAAUGUCUCCACCUCCUUGCCCGAUGAUGUGCUGGACUUUGUCAGGAGGCAUCCUCUGAUGUCCCAGCAGGUCCAACCUUCAGACAGGCGCCCCCUUUUGUUCAGGAGGACCACAGACUACACACACAUGGCCAUACACACGAUCCAAGGCUUAGAUGGACAAACAUACCGUGUAUUAUACAUGGGCACAGAUGAAGGCUGGUUACACAAAGCUGUAGAAGUCGAGGGUCAACUGCACAUUAUCGAGGAGCUUCAGCUGUUUGAGGAACCACAGCCUGUUAACAAUCUACUGAUAUCUGCAAAACAGAUGAGUGUGUACGUGGGCUCUCCAUCAGCCGUGGUGCAGCUGCCACUCUCUGACUGCCGCAGAUACACUUUCUGCUAUGACUGUAUCUUUGCCAGGGACCCACACUGUGCCUGGAACGGAGCCCAGUGUGUGGACAUAAUGGCACAAACCGACAGAUCCACUUUAAUCCAGGACAUCCAGCACGGCAGCAGGGGAUGUGAGAACACACAAGAUGAUGUCGUCCAGCGGAGCCGCUCUGUGCGGGUGGGUGAUGACGUGCUGCUACAGUGUGAGCUCAGCUCCAACCUGGCGACACCCCUCUGGACUCUGGAUGGCAGCGAGCUGCAGGGUUACGGCCUCAACUCUGGCUUCAGAACCGGCACAGACGGCCUGCUGAUCAUCGAGGCUCGGCAGGACCAGAGCGGGCUGUACACUUGCAACGCUGUUGAGAACAAUAUCAAGGUCGCCAUAGUUAGGUAUAAUGUCACUAUCCGCCUGGACCUGCCCCUUCCCCCACCUGUUGAUCCAACUGAAGACCCUUACCGUUUCUUCGCUACCCUCCGAGCACCCACCGAGCGUUCAUCCUCCGAAAGACCCCUGCCACCACCCCCAGCCCCUCUCCUCCCCCACUCAGAGCUGCUCUCCCCCAGGAACAUGGAGGCCAUGUACCUGUCCCUCAUCACCAUCCUCGGAGGCCUGUGCGUGGUCCUCACUGUGGUCCUCAUCUAUGUGGGCUUCUGCCUGCGCGUGGGCCACAGAGGGAAGUACUCAUUACGUGCCGCGGCUGCUGCUUACCCGAACAGUAAGAGGCAGAACAGGAAAGGAAAACAGCACAGAAGCUCCUCCCACAUGGAGCUGAAGACCAUCUCAAGCCACUGUAAUGGCAACGGCAUUUGUAAUGGAGUUUCAAAGCAACAUAACAGCGACAUCCAGGACGGAGGCUUCCUCCAGAUUGUCCCCGGUGAGGGUCACCCAUCACCCAAUAAUGAGCCUCCUCCCCCUGCCCCUCCCCUUCCUCCCACGCCGCAACUUCCGUCUCCAGAGUCUGACUUCCCCAACGGGCUGUCAGCCACGCUGCCCAGCGUGCUGAGGAGAAUGAAUGGGAACAGCUACGUGCUGCUGAGGCAGAGCGACUCUGAAAGCACAUCACCGCUCUGCUACUCCUUUGCUGAGGAGCUCAAUAGGAUCUUAGAGAAGAGGAAACACACUCAGCUGCUGCCCAGGCCGGACGAGAGCUCUGUGUAGAGAGAUGUAACUCCCCCUGUGGUGGGAGGGCUGCUGUGUUUUUACCUGGUGCUGAAGUGCCUGCUAUAAUACUCACGAUUGUUGCAGACUAAAGCAAUGAGAGAGUCUUAUCUACAUUCUUUACUUUGGAUUCUUUUUUCCACAUUUAAACAUUCCUGCUUUUUGAACCUCUGGGCAGUUUGUCAACCUUAAUUCCCAAAUUUCCCAACACGGGUUCCACGUGAAGGUCCAAGUAUGAUGUAGAAAAAAAGUGCAAUCUACCUCACCUCAGUGCUGCGAAGAAGGACGAGCAGUCAGACUGUGGUCUGGGCUGAUAUCUCGGUCACAGAAAGAUCUCUGAUCCAAAGCACAGAUGCACAGACUCAAGAGAGGAGCAGAGCCCUGUGGGAGUAUAAAUACAUGUGAAGACUUAUGUUGUGGGGUGGCCAUAUUUGGCUCAAUUCUAACUGGAGGGCAGCUAGCCAAAGUUUGUUUGCACUGACAAGUGAACAGAUGGCUUAUGCAUUUUUAAAAUGUGACAUUCACACGUUUUAAAUAUUGAGGGAAUGGAUGUGGUGAGCGAGGGAAUUUGGUUUGCAAUGUUUUCACUUUUAAUACUGACUUAACAGACACAAAAUAAUAUACAAUAACUCCUAACACUUUACACCAGCCACCAAAUGGUGAACUAAUCGUUAUUUAAUAUUACUAUUAACCAGAAUUUGGAGUAAGUAAUUAACCAAAUUGAAGAUUUAUUAAUUUAGUUAAGUAGUAAUAACAUAAUGUAUGUCACUUAAUUAUUAAUUAAUCACAAUAGUAAAAAUUAAAACAAUUAUUAACAUGUGGUAUUCAAACUUGUUAGAAAUGAAAUAAUCAUCCUUGUACUGCCAAAAUUAAGAAAUUUUGGUAAUUACAUAAUUUGCAGUUAAACUUUUAUUUAUUAUUAAAGUAUGUUCAGACACAAUAAGAAUUAAUGUGCUUAGAGCCCUAAUUAAAGUCACAGUUGAGGCUCGCUCAAUCCAUUAUAAAUGGUUGAAAUUGUCAUAUGUUGAAGCCAAAUGUUGGUCUUUAUUAUAAUGUUGCAGCUUAUGUCUGCUACAAAUAGGAAACAAGUGGCCAUUAAAAAAAAUUAUAUAAAUAAACAUUAUAGGGUCUGUAUUAUAUAUAAAAUUGAUAGAAUAUUAAUGAAUAAAUAAGGAAAUAAUGUUAUUUAACCUUUACAUUAUUGAAGAAAUGUUAAAUAGUGAUUAUUUCACCAAGUGUUAAUAGACACCCUAAUGAAUAUAUCACAGUGUUAUUGAUUUUAAUGCACUUUAACUAAGCGCUUUGGGAAAGUUAUUGGAAGCUAUUAUGGAAUUUGACAGUGACCUGUCAAGAACCAGCGGCGUUUUUGACUUUUGUCAGCGUGAAGAGCUGCAGCAGUGAAACUCACAGCUGUGACCGCUGGACCUUCUUUGACACAGGUGGAUUAGAAGGACUGUGAUUGAUCCGCUGAGCCUGAAUCCACUGCUGAGUGACACCCUGCACCAGACCAUAACACAAAGCCACUGACUGUGGGGCACAGGAAGAAGCAUCCAAGGUCUAAGGAGCACAGGUCAGUUUUUUACAUCUCCUAAUUUCAUUCGCGGGGAUGCCAUCUCCCAACCAGCAUCAGAUGGUAGGACUGGCCGCAAUGAUGUUCUUUUAAUGAGCAGUGAAAAAAUUUCACCAUCGUUAGUGGACAACGACGCCAGAAGAGAGAGAGAGGCUGGAUAAGGGCUACAGCAUGAGAGUCUCUGCACCUAGAGCGCAUCUCUGCUUCCCCUCAACCGGAAUGAAAAUCUUUGGCUGCAGUGUUUCACCGAGCAGCGUUUGUUCUUCAGACAGCGGCUCUCUGUGCGCAGAGAGCAUCCUUGCCUCUGUUUGAUGCAAACUUGUCAGACCAAACGCGACAUAUAUUGACUUUUUUCCUCACACUUGCUGCAUGAAUUAAGUUUCAACACUGCUGUUUUAUCUUUAAAUCAAAACAAGGAUAACUCGUCUUAAUAUUAAUGAGAAGUGCCAAGGUUUAUGUUUAAAAAGUGCUUUGUGAGCCUAUUUUAUCGCAAAACCAGAGGAGAGUGAUUAAUAAUGUAAUUUUGUACAUUGUGUUUUGGAAGAUAUUGUCAAUGUUGUUCAAGUGCCACAUGUGAGACACCCAUCUGUCGAGUAGGAGGGUCACAAUUUGCCUGUGUUGCACAAAAUGUGAUAGAUAGAAGCACGGUAGCCAAAAGCAUGCAGAGCCUGUACCAGCACCACAGAAUUUAAUAUUUAUAACCUACUAAUGGGAGGAAAAAUACACCAAUUUACCUAUUCAUUAUAACUAUUAAUUAGGUAUCAUUCAGCUUUUCUGUCACUGUAAUAUCCACAUAUUAGUUUUGAUCUCUAUUUGCAUGUUACACCAUGCUUGUGCACACAGCAAAUCAAAUUAUUUUACUCAACUAACACAAAGAAUAACAGGACAGCGGGUUCCUUCACAUUUCUGUCAUGAGUUCAAAAUAAAACUUUGUACCUCAACUUCUUCCUCUUCUCAACAUUGCUUGUGCAUAUUUACAGUUUGCCUCUCACAUUUCAAAAGCUAGGUAGAUGAAACAAACCUUUACCCUGUCAAAUUAUUGGAGCAGAGCCCUGGUAUGUUAUAAGACGAGGCUGAGCAAACUGUAUCAUGCGCUAAAUAUCGUCAAACACUCGGGGAAAAAGGAGGCGUCUGCAUUGUUACUGGAGGCAGGCCAGCGUUCCCGCAGCAGGGUACAGACUGGUACGGAAACGGUUGCCGGGAGGUUGACGUCCCAGGACUGGUUCAAAUCCAACAGGACAGUAUUGUCGACAAAACCCAAACAUACAGUACUCGUGCUGUGUGCUGUGAAGGCAUUAAAAGAGAAAGUGUUACCUCAGUCGAUGCAAUUAUUAUAAAAGAGCAACCAUUCUUACUCUCAAUCUGAGCCUUUUGCACUGAUCUUUCACAAAUGCCACAGUCGAUAUCUAACACCCACGGAUUUUUCGGUCAUCCAUAUGACCUUUCUCGUGUUCCUGGGUGAGAGGGUAACACCCAGCUUUCAGACAAUAGCUCAGUUGUUGUAGUACAUUAUUGGCAGCACGACAAAACAUUCAUAAAUAGGACAGCCGUUACUUGCACACACAAACAAGCACAGCCAAGGAGAAGAUCUGUAAGAGAGCCAAGUACCUGCAGAGCCUACAGCUUGAUAUGUGAUUAACAAACUCUCAUGGUUGGUGUGUUAUUUACGUAAUGCUGCCUCAGUUUAAUCAGGGUCAACAGGAAGAGCUUGUUCUGCCUCACGAGUGGCAGAUUGGAAUAUUUUUAUCUCAUUCACUUAAAAUGUCUAGAUUAAAUAAAGCGCUGCUGCCCUGAUGAGAUUCGUGUCAUGACAUACCACUGUCUUAAGUGUUCAAAACUGAGCUCAUGCUAGUGGCAUGGCUCUAGGGAUGGCAGUGUCGGUCUGUUAGUCCGUCGGUCCACUACUCCGGUAAAGAAUGAAGUAUCUCAACAUCUACUUGAUGAAUUAGCACAACAUUUUGUAGAGACAUUCAAGUUUCCCAGAGAAUGGAUCCUAUUGACCUUUGUGAUCCCCUGACUUAUCUUUGAGCGCAACCAUAAGGUUGACAUUUGUGGUUUUAAGUGAAAUAUCUCAAAAAUGUUGGGAUUUACCGCAAUACAUCCAUUAUUUAUCGCCCUAAAAUCUGGUACACAUACCUGUGUACCUCAGGAUGAAGUAUUAUCACUUUGAUGAUCCCUUGACUUUUCGUGUAGCACUAUCAUCAGGUCAAAAUUUCGGUUUGUCCAAUAUGUCUG